AUGAAAGAAGAUAUAAAAAUACUUUCGGUAGACUGCAAUGAAUUCAUUUGUUCGAUUUGCUUUCAGAUUUUCACUAAGCCAAUCAAAACAACUUGUGGGCAUAACUUUUGCAUUAAAUGUAUCACGAAAUGGGUGCAAAAAAAGAAACAUUGUCCUUGCUGUAGAAAAUGGUAAUCUGAUGACACCGUUUAAGAAAAAGAUGAAAUUCUGGCUGAAAAGGUAAGUUAAUUAGAAGUAGCAUGUUUAAAAUGCAAUAAAUGGACUGGACUUAUGAAGGAGUUAAAAACUCAUCGCUUCGACUAAUGCACAACGUAUUAGUCAGAAAAACAAUCAAUUCAAUACUAGCUUGUUGAGGACGACUCAAAUGACAACACAUCUCUUAUUAUUAAAGAACUUCUUUCAAUAAAAAACUAAUAGAAUUUUAUUUAACUCAUGGAAUUGGAAAAUGAGGAGUUUGUAUUUGAAAAAAUUCCAAUUGGAAAAAAAACUAAGAAAAUUAGAAAGAGAAAUACUUGUAAAAAUUAAGAUUAAGAUGUUUAAUUGUUACAAGAAGAUGAUAUAAUUAAGCUAAAACAAUCAGAAAAUUAUAUCACAAAAUAAAUAAAUAAAAGGUUUCGAAUCUAACAGAACUUAUUAAAGGACUUAAUAGAUAAGAAAUAUAAAAUGGAAACAUAUCUCUUCUUUGUAUAACUUUUUUAUAACCAAAAUGAGUAUUUACUUUAAAAGUUGAGAAAUAACAAUGAUGAUAAAUUAAGUGUAAAUUGUAUAUAAAAGUGA